GUUUAGUUUCGUUUCUCAGUGGUCACUAUGCGAUGCGACAUGGAAGAGGAAGCGCCGUAUCAGCUGCAAUUUCCGGUCUAUCUCCGGCGAAAAAUUCACCAUUUCCGCAGCUUUGUAAUGUCCUCCUCGUCGCUUCUCUUUCCAAGACCUUGUCUCAGUCGGGUACACGGAGCCUCGACGCUAAUUCGAUUCCGAUUUCGGAAUCUGUCGUUCUCCAGAUCCUUCGUAGAAGCUCCAUAGAUUCUUCGAAGAAGUUAGAUUUCUUUAGAUGGUGUUUUUCUCUCCGUCCGGGAUAUAAACAUUCAGCAUCAGCUUACUCUCAGAUAUUUCGUACUGUUUGCCGGACAGGACUUAUCGGAGAAGUUCCCGAUUUGCUUGGUUCAAUGAAAGACGAUGGUGUUAAUUUGGACCAGACGAUGGCUAAGGUAUUGCUAGAUUCGCUAAUUCGUUCGGGUAAGUUCGAUUCAGCGUUAGGAGUUUUGGAUUACAUGGAGGAAUUAGGAGAUUGCUUAAACCCUGGUUUAUAUGAUUCUGUUCUUGUUGCUCUGGUGAAGAAAAAUGAAAUGCGUCUUGCUCUGUCUAUUUUCUUUAAGCUUUUAGAAGCUUCUGAUAACCAUAGUGAUGGUACUGGUGGGGUUAUUGUAAGUUAUCUUCCUGGAACGGUUGCUGUUAAUGAGCUUUUGGUAGGUUUAAGAAGAGCUGGUAUGAGGUCAGAGUUCAAAAGGGUAUUUGAAAAGUUAAGGGAAGUAAAAAGAUUUAAGUUUGAUACAUGGGGUUAUAACAUAUGUAUUCAUGGAUUUGGUUGUUGGGGAGAUUUGGAUGCUGCAUUGAGUUUGUUCAAGGAGAUGAAAGUUCAAAGCUCAGUCUCUGGGUCUUCUUUUGGUCCAGAUAUAUGCACAUAUAACAGCCUGAUUCAUGUGUUGUGUUUGUUUGGAAAAGCAAAAGAUGCUUUGAUUGUAUGGGACGAACUGAAAGUAUCUGGCCAUGAGCCUGAUAAUUCGACAUAUCGUAUACUGAUCCAAGGAUGUUGUAAAUCUUACCGGAUGGAUGAUGCAAUGAGGAUUUUUGGUGAGAUGCAGUAUAACGGGUUUGUCCCUGAUACUAUUGUGUAUAAUUGUCUCUUAGAUGGGACACUUAAAGCAAGAAAAGUCACUGAGGCUUGUCAGCUGUUUGAGAAGAUGGUUCAAGAGGGAGUUAGAGCUUCCUGCUGGACAUACAAUAUCCUAAUUGACGGGCUUUUUAGGAGCGGUAGGGCAGAGGCUGGGUUUACUCUGUUUUGUGACUUGAAGAAAAAGGGUCAGUUUGUCGAUGCCAUUACUUUUAGCAUUGUUGUAUUACAGCUUUGCAAGGAAGGGGAUCUAGAAGCAGCAGUAAAAUUGGUAGAGGAGAUGGAAACUAGAGGUUUCACUGUGGAUUUGGUUACAAUUAGUUCACUCUUGAUCGGAUUUCACAAGCAAGGGAGGUGGGAUUGGAAAGAGAAGCUAAUAAAGCACAUACGAGAAGGAAACUUGGUAUCAAAUGUUCUCAGAUGGAACGCUGGAGUGGAAGCUUCGCUGAAACGUCCACAGAACAAAGAUAAGGAUUACACUUCAAUGUUUCCAAGUAAAGGAAGCUUCCUAGAUAUCAUGAACAUGGUGAGUUCGGAAGAUGAUGGAGCUAGGGAUGAGGAAGUAUCACCUAUGGAAGAUGACCCCUGGUCAUCAUCUCCUUGUAUGGACCAAUUAGCACACCAGAGCAGUCGACCUAAUCCCUUGUUUGGUUUAGCCAGAGGGCAGAGGGUUGAAGCAAAGCCAGAUUCUUUUGAUGUAGACAUGAUGAACACCUUUCUAUCUAUCUAUCUGUCCAAAGGUGAUCUCAGCUUAGCCUGCAAAUUGUUUGAGAUAUUCGAAGGAAUGGGUGUAACCGAUCUUACGAGUUACACCUACAACUCCAUGAUGAGCUCGUUUGUCAAAAAAGGUUACUUCGAAACCGCCCGUGGAGUACUUGAUCAAAUGGGUGAGAACUUUUGCGCAUCGGAUAUAGCAACGUACAAUGUAAUAAUCCAUGGAUUAGGAAAAAUGGGUAGAGCCGACUUAGCCAGCGCUGUUCUCGACAGACUCACAAAGCAAGGAGGAUACCUAGAUAUUGUAAUGUACAACACCUUGAUCAACUCUCUCGGUAAAGCAAACCGGUUGGAUGAAGCAACACGACUGUUUGAGCACAUGAAGAGCAACGGAAUAAACCCGGACGUUGUGAGUUACAACACGAUGAUCGAAGUGAACAGCAAAGCAGGGAAAUUGAAAGAAGCGUACAAGUACUUGAAGAUGAUGCUAGACGCAGGUUGUUUGCCUAAUCAUGUAACCGAUACAAUCCUGGAUUAUCUUGGUAAAGAGAUAGAGAAAGCAAGAUUCGAAAAGGCUUCUUUUGUAAGAAACAAACCAAAUAAUGAUCCUUCCUCAUAAUUUUUUUUUUU